CCAAAGGCCAAACAGCAGAUAGUAAAAUAGUGAUAAAUGGAGAUCAAUAGAAGGAAAAUAGCAGCGUAAGGAGAACUGCAGAGCAUCGUUUAGUUUUAAAACAGGAAGUCACAGGGACGGAGCCGAUAAUGAGGCUGAAGUUCUGGGCCUCAGUUUCAUAAUAAAAACUUGAGCAGGUGGAUAUCUGCUCAGUUCUGAAGUUCCUGUCAUCAUUCACAGCCGAACAAAAUUCCCCAGACACCCUGGAAACCAACUACAGCUCAGUUUAACAUGUCAGUGUUUGUAGUUUGCAUGUGGAGUUUCCUUAGAGCUGGCGUGCACGUGUGAGCGUGCACGUGUGAUGCAGUAAACAGAGCUGCAGACGGACGCUGCAGAUCAGGAUUACAGAGUAAUGAUCAGCAUGCUGACCACGCUGUGUGCAGAGAUUAUAAAUACAUGUGAUCAGCUGCUGAACAAGCUUCUUCAUCUACAGUCGACUCCAUCCUUUCUUCAUCCUCUUCUCGGCUGCUGCUGCUUCAGUUUGAGACCCGUUGGUCAGGAUGAGUCCGAAACACGUUGUCUUCAAGAAGGUAUCCAGAGACAAGUCGGUGGCCGUCUACAUGGCAAAGAGAGACUUUGUGGAUCACUGUGACUUUGUGGAUCCAGUCGACGGCGUGAUUGUGAUUGACCCAGCACAGCUGAAAGGAAAGAAAGUUUACGUGAUGCUCUCAUGCACGUUUCGAUACGGUCGCCAGGAUAUGGAUGUGAUGGGCGUGGUCUUCAGGAGGGACCUGUUCGUGGUGACCCGCCAGGUUUACCCAGAGUUGCAGGACAAAGAGAAGCUGACCCACACCAGGGUCCAGCAGAAGCUUCUGCACAAACUAGGAGACAACGCCUACCCUUUCUUCUUCGAGUUUCCAGACAACCUGCCGUGUUCUGUCAGUCUGCAACCCGGUCCGAAUGACGUGGGAAAGAAAUGUGCAGUGGAGUUCGAGGUGAAGGCAUUCUGUGGGGAGAAUCAGGACGAGAAGAUUGAAAAACAGAGCUCAGUUGGUCUCACCAUCCGAAAGAUCCAGUUCAGUCCAGAGAACACUGAAGUGGCUCCAUUCGCAGACAUGACCUUUGAGUUCUUGAUGUCUGAAAAACCUCUACAUGUCAAGCUCACCCUUCCCAAAGAGACGUUUUACCACGGUGAGCCAGUCAAAGCCAACGUUGAAAUCACCAACUCCUCCAGCAGGAACAUCAAAGACAUCAGUUUGUCAGUUGAGCAGGUGACCAAUGUGGUGCUGUACUCCAACGACAAAUAUGUGAAAUCUGUGGCCAAAGAAGAGACUGAGGAUUCAGUUCCCUCUGGUACCACACUGAAGAAGGAGUACACUCUGUACCCUCUGCUGGCGUACAACAAGGACCGCAGAGGAAUCGCUCUGGAUGGACGACUCAAACAUGAAGACACCAACCUGGCUUCGUCCAGCAUUGUGAAGCAGGAGGUGCUGAAGGAGGUCCAGGGGAUGCUGAUUUCCUACAAGGUGGUACUGAAGAUGAUAGCCUCCGGGACGGUGGGGUCCAGUGAGGUUUCUGUGGAGGUUCCCUUCAAACUGAUGAAUCCAAAAUCAGAACCAGCAAAGGACAGUGAACCUGACGACAUGGUGUUUGAAGACUUUAAACGGGUCUACCUGAAGGGCGUGGUCUACGGAGAUGACGAUGAGUCUCCAACUGAGGCCUAAACUACAAAGAUGGCCGAUGGCAUCGACUGCCCAGUUCUCCACCUAAAGAUCAACAGACAUUCUGGACGGAGGAGUCAUCAGAUUAACCUCACAUAAUUACCCUGCAAGAUGUCUGUUGUGAAGUCCUCAGAGUUAGAUAGCACCUGUAGCUGUUUACCCCUGACAGUUCCUCAGUACAGGUGAUGUAGCUCAAAUCUGUAUGUCCGUCAGUGGAGGUAGAGCUACCUAAGGGGUGGGGAUACAUAUAUUUGAUAGGUAGGGCUGUAUGAAUUUAAGGGGGGUUCAUAUAUCUGUAGUAUUGUUUCUGUAGCUUCUAGAGAAUCAGAUACAAACCAGAGUUCAGAAUGUACUUUUUAAUUGUUCUCAGAUUAAAGAACUUCCUAAGCCAAAAA